AAACAUCAACAGGAAAACCACCGCUUCGUACUCAACGGGAAACAUGUUGGAAAUUACGAGAUGAAUAUUUUUCAUGUCUCGAAGCAGUAUCGAUAUUUGACCCUACAAAGGUAGAUACCGAUGAAUCAAUACGAAAAUUAGUUAAGAAAAGUGAUUGUUGGAAAAAAAAGAGUUCUUAUGAAGAUGCUUGUAUGACAAGUUGGGUGGAUUAUUUUAAUAAACGACGAGCAUUGGAGAUUAGACAACGCCAAAUUUCAGCAGAAACAAAAAAACAAUCAGAUGGUGAAUCAGAAAGCAAAUAA